GGCCUGCGCCAGGCAGGGGCGAGCCGCCGUCCGCGGGAAGCUGUUAGCACGAGGUGGGUGGGCAGGUGCGUGGGCUGCGUGUCGGGAUGUGAGCUGGGGCGUGGCCGGGAGCUACUGCCAGGGGCCCCGUGGUUCCCACUGGGCAAAGCACCGUGUCUGUCUCCUCUAUCCCUACCUGACUUUGUGCAAAUCUUUCCAAGGACGGGGUGCAGCUGCCUGGCCACCUGCGCUGAGCUGGCCCAGCCCCCCGUUGGCCAAACCCACUCAUUGCCGCAGUGCCCAGAGUUCCUGCUCUGCCCUCAGGUCUGCAUGUGCUGCCCGAGGCAUUUCUGGCCAUUGGCAGGAAUGUGUCCUUGCUCCCCCAGGUGCUUAUGAGGCAGGCCCCAGCUAGGGCCAGAACCCCCAUGGGGGCUUCUUCCUUGCCCUCACUCUUGCGGGACACUGUCCACAGGCUCCCACACAGAAGGAUGAAGGGGGAGAACGUGACCAAGGUCAGCGCGUUCAUCCUGCUGGGCUUCCCCACGGCGCCCCGGCUGCAGUACGCGCUCUUCCUCCUCUUCCUGCUCACCUACCUCUUCAUCCUGCUGGAGAACCUGGCCAUCGUCGUCACCGUCUGGAGCAGCUCCUCCCUCCACCGGCCCAUGUACUACUUCCUGGGAGUCAUGUCCAUCAUAGAGGUCUGGUACGUGUGCGACAUCAUCCCCAAGAUGCUGGACGGCUUCCUGCUCCAGCGCAAGCGCAUCUCCUUCGCGGGCUGCAUGACGCAGCUGUACUUCUUCAGCUCGCUGGUGUGCACCGAGUGCGUGCUCCUGGCCUCCAUGGCCUACGACCGCUACGUGGCCAUCUGCCACCCCCUGCGCUACCAGGUCAUCAUGACCACGGGGCUCUGCGUCCGGCUCGUGGUCUUCUCCUUCUUCAGUGGCUUCACCAUCUCCGUGAUCAAGGUCUACUUCAUCUCCAGCGCCAACUUCUGCGGCUCCAAUGUCCUGAACCACUUCUUCUGCGACAUCUCGCCCAUCCUCAAGCUGGCCUGCACGGACUUCUCCACCGCGGAGCUGGUGGACUUCAUCCUGGCCUUCAUCAUCCUGGUGUUCCCGCUCAUCGCCACCGUCCUGUCCUACGGCCACAUCGCCCUGGCCGUCAUGCGCAUCCCCUCGGCCACGGGCCGCUGGAAGGCCUUCUCCACCUGCGCCGCCCACCUCACGGUGGUCACCAUCUUCUACACGGCCCUGCUGUUCAUGUACGUGCGGCCCCAGGCCAUCGAUACGCGGAGCUCCAACAAGCUCAUCUCUGUUCUGUACACCGUGCUCACGCCCAUUUUGAACCCUCUGAUCUACUGUAUGAGGAACAAGGAGUUUAAGGACGCCGUGAAGAAGACCCUGGGCUCGGGCCAAGCUCCACUCUAGUGACACACUUGGUGUUUUCUCUCUAGAAUCUCAUCAGACAGUGGUGGCCUCUGGAGGCUUAGUCAUCGGUGGUAAUGGGGAUCCCGGGUAUCCGUGCAGGGUUUCCAUUGUUUUAGAAGCUGCUCCCACAUCUCAUUCCUUUUAGGCUCCUGAACAGAUGUUGGCCUUGACAGACCGUUUUCUUCAUUGGACCUUUUCGCAAAGGGGAAUAGCUAUUCUUCAUCUAAUUAAAAUGUCCUGCACAUUUCAGGAAAUACACCAGGUCACUGAGGACUUAAGUCCUAAAUGAAUGCCAGUGUUUUAAAAAUCCAAAAUAUUAGGCUGUGUGGUCAAAGGCCCCCCCAGGACCCCCAGAGCAAAGCUUGUUGGGAUUAUAAGGCCCCACAGACUUUUAUUCAAAGCUCUCAGCGGUUCCCCACUAGCUGUGUUGGGUGGGCCCAGUCUCUCCCCUCUAUGUACCCGGCCACCCUUUGCUGGUGGAGGGUAAGGUGCCCUGUUCACAUGCGUGAUGAGUUAGGCCAGCUGUGACACUGCAGAGUCCGGCUCAACCCGCGGCUUCUUCAUCUCUCAUCUCUUUGGCUUCUGGGGUCAAACACAAAGAACCUCCCCAGGAACAGUGAGAUUCCUGCCCUCUGUGGGUCAGCUGGAUGCUGACAGGAGCCCUGGCAGGUUCAUGAAGAGGAGCUGGCCUCCUUGGCAUGAGUGCCAUGACACAGGCCAGCACACCCCGUCAGUCAGGGGCCUUGUGCUCUGACUGGCUUUCCAGCAUGGCCAUCUGUCCAGGUGACCCAUCUCCAGAGCUCAGCAAGCAGCUGUCACAUGCCGGGGAAGAUGGAGCGCCAGCUGGAGCGCACAGCCAGGCUGAUGAGGAAAUACAGGGGCAUUGAAG